CCCAUACGACUUCCUCCUCCCCACCCAACUCAACUACUUACCCAUCCACCAACUGACGGUGACCUCCUUUUAGAGUGUACUGUGAAUACGAGCGUCUACAUCUCACGGCAAGGGAGAAAACAGCUUUCUCUGAACAGUGUGUAACGAAGUCCUCCAAUCACCAAACAACCCUAUCAAAAAUGAAGUUCUCCUUUGCUGCAGUCAGUGCGGCCUUGACAAUUGCUUCCGUCGAUGCCUUUGUGCCACAGACUCACAGUCACACCAAUGCUCGGCCUGGGUCAAAUCCCGAUUCGGUCCGGACUGUGUCUUCCGCACUGCGAGCCGAGGAGUCACACGCAUCCUCGUUUUGGUGGGGACCCGUGGCAACGGCUUUUGCGGGAGUUUCUUUGGUCGCACAGAUCGCCGUGGCGGCUCCGGAACCUACUUGGACGACUGGCGCCGCAGACGAUCUACUCCCCCAAACCUCAUCGGUACUGAUCGCGGAUCGAAUAGAUUCCAUGGACUUUUCCAUGCCUUCAUAUUCGGAUGCCAUCAAGUCCGCAACUCUGGAUACUUCCGCCUCGUCCUCAUCCAAGCCAGCCCCUCCGUCCUUUAAUCCCUUUGAAGAUUCGUCCAAAGACGACGCUGCCUCGGCUGCAGCUAAAGCGGAAGAAAAGGCGGCUGCCGAGGCCAAAAAGGCCGAGGACAAAGCACGUGCGGAAUUAGAGGCCGCCACCAAAAAGGCCGAAAAGGAGGCGAGGCGUCAAGCGGAGCUCGAGAAGCAAAAAGCUGCCGCCGAACGUACCAAGGCUGCUCAAGAAGAGAAAGCUGCGGCGCCAGCGAGCAGUAGUGUGGAGCUGCCGUCGGUCCCUUCGGUGGAUCUCAAACUCCCCGAUAUCUCCAUUCCAGACUUCAAGGCUCCCGACAUUACCAUUCCCGAUUUCAAAGCACCUGACAUCAAGAUGCCCGACUUGCCCAAAUUUUCCAUGCCCAAAAUGGCAACGGAUGGCUACGAUUUCCCCGAUAUCAAAGCACCGAAGGUCGAUAUUCCCAAUGUGGAUAUGCCCAAGAUUGCUAUGCCCGCCCUUCCAUCUUUUGGUGGUGGUGGUGGUGCUUCUUCGUCAGACAAUCCUUCCUCUCCGCUGGAAUCCCAAGAUGUCCGAGACGAACGCGCGCGCUCUGCUAAAGCCGAUUUUGCCGACGCCGACAAUACCGCCAGAGAGAUUGAAGCCAAGGCGCUGGAAUUGCGGGCCGUUGCCAACGACAAGAAGCAAGCCUUUAAAGACGCCAAGGAUGAAGCCUGUGCAACACGACCUGGCGGCAAAAUCUUGUGUUUGCGUAACCCCAUGAAAGCUGGAUUCUAAUACGAAAAUUAUUACCUAUGUGGUGCUGGAACAAAUUAUCAUCACAGUCAGUACUAUUUUUAUCAUUUUCCAAUGUACAAGACUAUUGCGUAACAUUUGGGCCACCAGGCGACAC